UUUUGUGUAAAAAAUAAAAAUUUGCACAAAAAAACUAGCAAAACCCUUCUCUCUCCUCUCUUCACUAUCUCUCUUACUCCCUCUCUCCAAGUCAUAAGUGCGCUCAAUGUGUGUGGGCGUUUCAGCGUUUGUAUAUAUAUCGCUCUCAACUCUUCAUUUUAAUGGCGUGAGCGUGCACAGAAGUAACAGACCGUACUACUACUCUUGGCUAAAACCGUGAAAUAUCAAAAAUCAAAAACCCAUUUUUCUCAAAUUUCAUAAAUUUCCUUUUUUUGUACCCCUUCAAUCAAAAUUUCUUGACAGAUUGAAAAAAAAAAGCGACGAAAAUUCCUCCAUCCAUCAUCGUUAAUGUUCAUGUAUUUUUCCUUAAAUUUUGUCUCUUUUGUUUGAAAUUUUGAUCUGGGGUUUUGUUUUUGUUUUUUGUUUUUUGUAUUUUUUUUUGUUUUGUGACCUUUUUUUUCGCUGACUCUGUUGUGUCAAACCAAAUCACAGUAUUAGCGUAAUUUUGGGGUUGUUUGUUAAGGUUUUAGAGAAACCAGUAUGAAGAAAGGUGAAAAGGAAAUGGAGGGUAAUUAUUAUUUUUAUAAUUCUGGUGAAGCUUCUCAUUAUUAUAAUCAACAACUACCAAUGUAUGAUUCUAGUUUUGUUCAACCUCCAUCAAAUUCUGGGUUUUGUUGUCCAGAUUUUGUUGUUGGUUCGUCGUCAUCAUCUUCAUCAGUGACAAACCCUUUUGAUCACUCACGUUUUCCCACGCCAAAAUCCCAAUUUGUAGAUCAAUUUUGUGUGGGUCCAAAUGUAUCAGAUUCUUCUUCUUCUUACUAUAGGAGGGUUAACAACGGUGUUAUUGGUGGGGUCAUGGUGGAUGAACUCGGUUUAUCUAGAGAUUUCCAGAAGCUGAAUGUUGGGAAUUCUGAUGUUGUUGACAAUUUGGGGUUUAGGAUGUCUGAUUGUAGUAGUACUAAUGUUGCUGAGAAUUUUGGGGUUUUAGGGAGUUUUUACAACAUUAACAACAACAACAAUGGGUUUUCUGGUAAUGGAGGGUUUCAAUCUUCUGUGUAUAGGGAUGAAAAGGGUGUUAAGGAUUCUAGAUUGGGUCAGAGAGGAGGGUUAAAUGGUAAUCUAGGCGAUUCAUUCGGGUCGAAUCCGGGUUAUCCUGCUUCUGUGCAUGGUCAUCACAACUGUUUGAUUAAUUUUCCUUUAGAUGGGAUGACUCAGGUAGGAGAUGACUGUUGGGGGAAUGGUGGGGUUUCACCACUAAGAGGAAACAAGUACAUUGAACCUUUAUCUGUGUAUGAAAAUGGCGAUUUUCAAGGUAAUGUUCCAAUUCCUAGAGGGGGUAAUGUAGGGUACAGUGAUGAAAUUCCCUUUCAAAUGGAGCCUGGAUUUGGCCCUCAUAUUGUUGGUAAUGGUGUCCCUUUACAGCAGUAUAUGAUUGAUGGUUUUACCUCUUGGGUGAAUUCUCAGAAUUUGUCUAUGUAUAAUAAGCUUGGAUUGAAUGAAGCUGCUUUGUUAGAGCAAUAUGGAAGGCAGUAUUCUGAAAAAAUGAGAGCUGAGAAUUUAAGUAGGAAGAAUGUAUUGUAUAACUCUAUGAGGGAGAAGAAGAUGAGAGUUGUUGAAGAAAGGGAAGUUUCUUUGAUGAAAAGGACAAGAGAUCUUGAAAGGAACUCGAUCUUACGAGAUAAUAAGGGAUCGAAUAAUGGAGUGAUUGGUAAGAGUUACCAGUUAAGUGGGCGUAUGAAGAACUUGCCUAGUAACAUUGAGGAGAGGAACUUUGAACAACUCAAUAUUCUGUUCCAAUCUGUAAAGGAUUGUGAAAAUGGUAGCAAUGUGGUUAGGUUUGAUCCCUUUGUUCAGACUCUAUAUAAUUCAUUGAUUGAGGUUGAGGGUAACAUUUAUAUCAUGGCAAAGGAUCAACAUGGUUGUAGAUUAUUGCAGAAGAUGUUUGAUGAAGGGACAUUUGAGGAUGUGCAGAACAUAUUUAACGAAAUCAUUCACCAUGUUGUAGAGUUGAUGAUGAACUCCUUUGGAAAUUAUCUAAUCCAGAAAUUGUUGGAUGUUUGCAAUGAAGAACAGAGGAUGAAGAUUAUACAUGUGGUGACUAAAGACCGCGGUGAACUUGUUAGAGUUUCCUUGAAUACACAUGGUACACGAGUGGUGCAAAAAUUGAUCGAGAGCCUUAAAACAAGGAGGCAGAUUUCAUUGGUUGUACGAUCUCUUGAACCAGGAUUUCUUGAUCUUACAAAAGAUAUUAAUGGGAAUCAUGUUGUCCAACGUUGCUUGCAAUGCCUUAGCAAUGAUGAUAACAAGUUCAUCUUUGAAGCUGCUGCAAAGUUCUGUGUGGAGAUUGCUACUCAUAGGCAUGGGUGUUGUGUCCUUCAAAGGUGCAUUGAGUAUUCCUCUGGUGAACACAGACAGAAGUUGUUACACAAAAUUUGCAGCAAUGGCCUUCUUCUUGCUCAAGAUCCUUUUGGAAACUAUGUUGUCCAGUUCAUCAUCGAGCUCAAAAUUCCAUCUGCUACAGCACUGUUGGUCUCUCAAUUUGAAGGGAACUAUGUUCAUCUCUCCAUGCUGAAAUGUGGCAGCCAUGUCGUUGAAAAAUGCUUGAAGUUUUACGAGGAUUGCCAUGCAAGAAUUGUGUAUGAACUGCUCUCAGUUUCUAAUUUCGAUCAAAUUCUUCAGGAUCCUUAUGCCAACUAUGUGGUUAAGUCAGCACUUGAAUCCACCAAGGGUGCCCUGCAAGAGUCUCUUCUUACAGCUGCCCGUGCUCACUCAGUACUACGUACCAACCCGCAUUGCAAGAAGAUCUUCAGCCGAGUGCUGAUGAAGAAGUAAGGCGAGAAGCUUUUUUGUAUGUUGUUUCUGCAGAACGUAAAGAAUUAAUGUUGUUUGUUUGUUUGUUACUUUCUACAAUAACUUUGUGUGUUGGAAAUAUGUGCCACUCUCUACUCGAUCAGUACGUGUUAGCUUCUUUAGCUAGAGAAAAUCUAACACGAUCGAUCGCAUGGGUAUGUACAUGGUCGGUUUUGGAUCCCCGUUUCCAUGAGUGCCGCAUAAGAGAAUUUUUGCUUGGUCUCUCAGACAGAAAGAAGACGUGAGUUGUAUAGCUGCUUGUUGUCAUGUUUGCCGCGACUUCAGGCUGAAGUUAUAGAAGUGUUUUACUGUUAACAUUGAGACUAUGAAGUGUUGUUUUUUUAGGGUUGUAAAAAUGUGUGUUUUUUUGUGACAUUUUUCCAAGUGAAUUGGUUCCUUUACGUUGAACGUAUGUUUUGCAUGGCCAACUUGAUAUUACUGUAUAUUAUAUGGUACUUGGGGGCCAUAAUAUGAUGCUCAGACCAUUAUUAUUAUGGUAGGGCUCCAUUGUUUUUGUUAUUGUACGGAAUUUGUCAUUUGCACAUGAAGCCAACAAUUUGCACAUUGAACUUGUUUUAUAUUUCCUCACUUCUUCGGAGGAAUUGGGGUCGUGUUAUGAAUUGUUA